CCUCUGAGCAGCAGCAGCCGCAGCCCUGUGAGCUUCGCUUCGUCCUCACCUUGUGCCACUUCUUAUCUUACAAUUCAAACUGGUCUUUCCAUGUGAGAGAAAAAAAAUUACUGUAGCCAAGCUUACAUUUUACUGCAAAAAAAAAAUAAUACUUGGAAAUAAUCUCGAUCUUUGCAAGCGCGUGUUUCUCUUUUGUGUUUCUCUCGGACGGAAUAAAGUGUCGACCAUCAGCUGACAUUCGAACUAGAGAAAGUGUUCGCUGUGUGGCUAAAACAAGUCCAAGACAGCUUUUAACUAGCCCUAUGAGAAUGGACUCACAGUGAAGUUAUUCCACCUUGACCUCAUCAUCUUCAAAGCACACCAACACUCAGCCCUUCCCCCUGACCAGUCCCUCCCUCUAUAGGACUAAGGGAGGCGUGGAUUGGAUGGACCUCCACCGGCCCUCCUUUAAGAUGGACAGCUCCUCCUACCUGCCCAAUCCCCUGGCCUCCCCAGCCCUGAUGGUGCUGGCCUCCACAGCCGAGGCUGGCCACGAUUCCUCCAUCCCCUGCCAGGCCCCACGGCCUUUCGGUGUCCCCAUCUCUGAGAAGGACCUCCACCUCCCCUUCCCCUCCGGUUCCUACACAUUUGCCUCCAUGUACCACCGCCAGGGGCCCGUCUCCAGCCAUGGCACCUUCCCCGCCAGAGACUUCCCUGCCUCCCUGCUCCACCUCCACCCCCAGUUCCACCCCCCCAACCUGGACUGCUCAUCUCUAGGGAUGCUCAACCACAGCGGGGUAGGGGCCUUCAGACCCUUCUCCUCCCCGCCUGAGGAGAGGGAGGUCAGGGGUUAUCAGUCAGCCUUCACCCCUGCUAAGAGGCUCAAGGGCUGCUAUACCGACUCGGAAAGGAAGCAGUAUGAGUUUGGAGGAGGGCGUAUUCUCUCUGGUUCGCCGUGGUCGCUCAAAGCCGCUGAGGAUUCUGGGAGGAAGUUGUUUGCGGUGUCUGGCCUGCUGUCAGACAGUGAGGCCUUGUCUAGUCCUGAGGACCGUAAGGAAGGCUGUAAGGGGAAUGUCCUGUAUGACUCCCAGGCCCCAGUGUGUCCUGUGUGCCAUGCUGUGUUACGACCAGGUGAGCUACAGGAGCACAUGGAGCAGGAGAUGGGCAGACUGACACAGUCACAAAUCAGUGUUAAUUCAGUGCAGAGAGACAAUCCAUUAGGGGCUUCAAAGUCCCUCUCACUAUCUCUGCACAUUAAACGUGAGGGGGGAUCCCCCACCUCUCCCCCCUGCCCACCUGAAGACCCCCACUCAGACAGAUACCAGACGUUUCUUCGUGUGAGGACCAACAGACAUACAAGACUGAAUGUCAGGAUCGGCAAGCUGAAGAGGAGGAAAGCUGACGAAGUUCAGGACAUUUUGGUGGACCUGGGAGGAGAGGGGGAGCAGUGGAGGGAGCGGAGGAGGUUACAGAUGACAUCCAUGCUGGGGGGGUUUAAAGGGUCGGUAUUUGUGAGCAGCAGCACAUCUAAUGAGGGCCGUGGUGACAGUGAUGCUGACCUGGACGUUGAUGGUGACGACACCGUGGACUACGGAAGAGCACAAUAUACAGAGGCAGACAUCAUCCCCUGUUCACAACGGGAGCCUGGGGAGGUGGAGGAGAGGAAUGCACUGAGGGGGGCUGUUUUAAAUGUUGGAACUCUGUCCAACAGAGUAACUCUGGAACAUUCAAAAUGGACAAAUGAGGGAUGUCCAUCCACCAGCAACGGAGAACGCAACAAACUGGACAACAGCAUAGCCUCCCUACACAGGACCUGUAAAAACAGUGACAUAGAGACGGUCUCUGAGGAUUCGGCACUCACGACACUCGAUGCACUAAAAACUCGGAUACGAGACCUAGAGAAGCAGAUGUCCAGAGGAGACAGAUACAAAUGUCUCAUCUGUAUGGACACAUAUACUACACCCCUCACCUCCAUCCAGUGCUGGCACGUCCACUGUGAGGAGUGCUGGCUCCGCACACUGGGGGCUAAGAAGCUUUGUCCACAGUGUAACACCAUAACUUCACCUGGGGACCUGAGACGGGUGUAUCUGUAACCCGGCGGGGGAAGCACAGACCUUUGAGGGGGACAUAAGGGCAGCUGGCCUGUCAGAGAUCACCCUUGACUUUGCACCUUAAUCUACCCCCCCCCACCCCCCCACCCCACCCCACCCACCCACCUUCCGAACUGAGUAGGCACGCACCUCAUGAAUAGAUGGUACCCAUGACUGGGUAUUGCACAACGAUCAGUCCUCAAUGUCCUUUGACGUUUUAGGUUUGACAUUUCACCUUUGGUUUGCCCAGCUGGAUGGUAUUCGUAAUGUACCAAGCUCACCUCCACCUUUAGUGAGCCAGGACAGUUCUAAGAGAAGGACUCUGUGCUCAAUCCAUUAAUCACCAUAAGGUAUAUAAAUGACAAGAACUGAAGUAUUCUCAGCGCUCAGGCACUGAAAGAAAGCUUUCAGAUGGAUUUAGAUCACUCUGGACUAUUAUUAUAUACUGUAUACUCUUUUUAGAAAUAAUAAUUGUCUGUUUUUAUCAAGAUGAAGCACAUGUAAAUAGUUUUGUGUAUGUUUUCAAUUGUGUAUGUGAAAAAGAUGAACACUCCCGUUGUGUUUACGGUCAUGUUCUUAUAAAGUCAUGCUUUUUGGUUAGUUAGGGUGGGAGGAAAGUGUGAACAUAGCAAUUGUCAUAUUCUGAGAUUAAUUAUUUUGUGUUUGUCGUUUAGGUUGUGUUUCUUUGUACAGGAGUACAACGUGUAAUUAAUCAAUGUUACAAAAAAAACAAUGUGUCUUUAAAAAAGAUGGUUAUUGCAUAAAUAUAUAUAAAAAAAUAUCUACACUAA